UUUGCAAUCGCCCUUUAAUAUGAGAAUCGAUCUGGGAAAACAGGGCUUAAUUAAUUUGCGUAAAGUACGUAAAGUGUCGUCCAAAAUUAGCCCGUGCUGUCCGCACAGGUUAAUCAUAGACGACACUUUCCGCUUUUAUUGUUUUUUUUUUCGUAUAAAUCAAGUAUCUUCUUAACGCAAAUCCAGUUUCUGUGGAAAGUGUUGUCCCUUAUUAGCCCCUGCACAGGCCUAUCUGGGACGACACUUUACGCAAAUGCAUAAAAUCCCUUUUGGGAGUUUUAUCAAGAUAUCUUUAAUGUUUUCGUGGCCUCGCGAAAACAACAUUAAUUAUUGCAUAUACUAUAUGAACCAACAUACACACACAACUUAAUUUUAGAGAAAAAUUCAUUUCGUAAAUUUAAGUUCGCCUACCCUUUACUGCAAAUGUGUGAAUUUUUUACCAAGUCCACGCCUAGCACAAUUCCGAUAUUUCGUAGGUAUUAAUCGUUCCUUUCUUAUAACUUGAAUGUGUUUGGGAGUAAAAUAUAUUUAAACUAGGAAGUUAUAAUAAGUAAGACUCGAACACAAAGUUUCCCGUGCUCUCUCAAUCGAUUGUCCGGAUUAUCACGUGCGCAUCCGGUAAACCGACUUGAUUGAUUUCCUGUCGAAAGUCAGCCGCGGCGCAACUUAUCUUUGACGAUGUCAGACAGUGUAAACUAUUGAUUACAAAACACAGUGCAAAUAAUCGUCUUAUUUAAAAAAAAUGGACAUUCAUGUAUAUUGAUAUAAAUUUUUUCGACUUGAGGAAAAGUGAGUAUUACUUCUGGUUGGGCAAUAUGACAAACGAAACAUAAAAAACAGAACACGUUUCAUUGCGAUUGUGUUACUCGAUUUGGUACUGUAACUAGAACAAACACAUGGAAAAUACUGGUAAUAGGUCCCAUUCUUAGUUACGCAAUAAAAUAGUUAAGUAUUUUUAUAAGAAAGUUCGUUCUCAUCAGCUGUUACACAAAUACAAGACGAUAUACUGCGAUACAAUAUGAGCCUUGUUCUGGAAAAACGGGGCUUAAUGCAUAUGCCUUAAGUGUCGUCCCAGAUUAGCCGGUGCGGUCCGCAACUGCUAAUCAGGCACGAAACUUUCCGUUUUAAUGAUAUGUUUCGUAAAAGUAAGUCUCUUUUUAGCAAAAAUCAAGUUUAGGCGAAAAGUGUCGGCCCUGAUUAACCUGUGUGGACUAAUAUGUUAAUCUGGGGCGCACAUGCAUUACGACCAGGUUUUUCUAGAGAUAGGCUCAUGUUAAUAAUAUGCUAUUUUUUUUUUUUUCACCAUUUUAGGAAUGGGGCUGGGCCCAUUUGGAUUGGUAAAAUUUGCAGUUUUGACGAAAAUUGGGAAAUUAGUGCAGUUGUUGUUUUGCUAAAAAAAUUGAUAAUACAAGAUUGUUCAGUAUUACAUUUACUAACGUUGAACUUUUAUGGAUGGGAGAUAAACAAAAUAUUGAGAUCUAAAACAAAAUAAUAUUUUUUGGGGAAACCUUCAUUUGGGAAUGUUUAGCUCCCAUUUGGGAAAAAUAUAUACUUUUUUCCAUUUGGAAUGGGGCCGAAUAGCGGACCCAAUUUUGAAUGAAUGAAACACACUUUAUGCUUUUUCUACUCAUCUAAACACCGCACACCAGCCAUAAAUGUCCCAUAUAUAUUUAAAUGUGCUACAUGUUUAAAGUAGAGAAAGUUUAAUCUGAAGAAAAUUGGCCCGCAUCUGAGACUAUGCCCUUUAAAUGUUCGCCUGGAAACUAUAAUUAUGUUUUGAUGGUUAUCUGAUAUCUAGCUUUAGCACCUGUUUUGAAUUAAACGUGUCUAUCUGUCUUCAAACCAAACGGAGUUUUUGUAUUUAAAGUUUAACAAAACAAAGAAAUUGAACUUUGUCCAGCGAGAUAAGUCAUAGUCAUAUAGCGUACUUGUUUCUAACAGUACUCUAGACGGAUGUUGCAUAUCAAAGAUCUCGCCCUGCGUUCAAAAAACGACCCUCUCUGAUUGCGAAUUCCGCUCUUAUUUCCGGAAACCACAGAUCUUGUUCGCACUAUCUUAAGUUAUCUAUUUCAAUGAUGUAUUAAGCUAAGUAUACAAUAUCACAUAACAAAUAUACGCGUUUACUAAUAUGUCGCAUAAAGUUGCUUAUGUACUCGUAAUUUUGCAAAAAACUUUUUUUUCUACCGAUAAACGUUUGAAGUGAUAUUUUGACUUGUAUUUUUGUAGUGUUGACAGGGAAUGUCUCAGUAACUACAUCAUGAUUUGAGGUAAACUUACGGAGGUCAGCAUUUGACCCAUCUUCACCACGACAUUAACAACGGACGCUCCGGAUGCCGUUGAUAAAUCAAUUUAUAUACGCAAGGAAAACUUUAAUGUUGAGAAAAUAAUCAACGUGACGAUGUAAUAUAACAAGCAUAUUUAACAAACAUUUUGGGGUAAAUAUUUGUAAUUAGUUGUGUUAGAGGACAGAACUUGUCGGCGAUAUGUCCACGGUUUCGAAGUUUAGAUUUGCCCUCCUGAGGCCGAAAAGUAAAGCAACGAACACGGGAUUUCUACUGGCUUUUAUUAUUGGAGUUUUAGAGGCCGAUUUUAUAAGCAACCCAUCGAGCACGUGGUAUGACGUGUACAUCAAAUGUCGAAACAGCAAGCAGACCAUGAUGAACUGGCGGAUGUGGACGGACGAAAAACCUGUCCUGAAAAUAACAAAUCCCGUUUGGCUUUACGGCUUUGAAGUUCGAAUCCCUAACGAAAACAGAUACUUCAAAUUCGACCAAUUGCACAGCAAUAUGACCGCAUUUGUUCGUUGUGUGAACAGAACAGCAUUCGCUGACAUCUACAAAACCUUAACGUUUGAGGAAGCACGCAAAAAUUGCGAGAAUCGAGCCAAUGGAUCGCACAUGGAAUUGCCGUUAAUGAAUAAUAAUAACAUAGACACGUUUAGUGUAAGCAAUGAUAUUAUUGAUACCACGUUAUGGAUCCAAGCUGCGGAUGUCGGAAAAAUUCUUAAUUCGGAAGACCUCAAUGUGCAUUGUUUUGUGCUCAACAAUCAUGGCGAGUUACGAAAAGACAACUGUACCAAAAGCUAUUCGUCCGUCUGCGUAAACGCAACUGUUCACGACACUAUACAAUACAGCGGACAAGAGUCGAAGGUACCAAACUACGAUCCGACGUCACCGAGCACAACCGUGACAUCAUCAGCGGGUACCUCAGAGUUUGUGACGUCACUAGUUACAUCGGAAACUAACGGUGACGUUGAUUUAACCACUAGCGCUGCAAACAAAUCGUUCGAUUUGAACAAUUCCACCAGCGACCAUAAAAGUCAUGCCAAGGAUAAACCAGUGAUGGCAGAGAAAAUCCACAUAGCGCUUAUCUGCGUGGGAGUUGCCGUGGUAACGGCGUUAGUGGUCGCCGUCAUUUGCUGCUGCAUAAUCAAACGGAAACUGAACAAACACCGCAGGCCAACCCUCUCAGACGGCUACCCCAAAACGGCGGACUCCGUAAAUGUUAAAGAUGCUCAACACUACGAAGUAAGUGACAUCAGCGUAUAUGCUACGCCCUCGGACGCAGAAAUGGGCGGUCAUAGAACUGCACGGCCUCGUUCGUCCAUUAUAGAAGGCGAAUACGACACGAUUUCGAAUUCCAAAGCGACAUAUAAAUCCAAACGCCAGGUGGCGAUGGUGAAGGCUUACAGUCACGUGGCAAUAGUCCCAGCCAAUCAGAGACGCGAGACCGAUUCAAAUAUGGAAAACGCAUACGACGUGUCAACGUUGAAUAAGCAAACGAUCGCGACAAUAUCACAUCAGGACGGCAUUGGACAUGUUUACGGCCAUUUAGAAGUUACAUAACUGUAAAUAGGGAACACAUAUUAUAUGGCUUAUUAUGCUUUUUUCAUCGUUCCAUAUACUAAGAAGAAUUGUUAUUGAAUCGAUAUAAAUUAAUUAAACCUUUACAAUACUUAUUAUAAAAAUCAAACGAAAUCAUACGCGCUUAUAUGUUGUAAAUAUUGUAUUUUCUAUUGAACAUUAAGUGCAUGUUUCCAUAAAAGUUCUUCUUGUCUUUUCCUGAUCUUAAAUUGUGAUAAUUUUUGUUAUACAUAUGAUCCCACAUUCAAUUUAAACAUCAAGAUACAUAAAUGUGUAAAUGUGGCAUCGGAAAAAAAUAAAUAAUGAUUCAUUUAUAAAAUGUAUUUAAAUGGGAUAUUUGUGGCACGAUAUGAAAUUUUGUGGUAAGGGUGUUUGUUUGUGAUCCUUUUAGCGGCCUAGGUAUUUGCAGUAUAUUUCGUUUAGUAUUUGUUGCUAUUAAAAUGUUGUCCAAGUCCUUUGCAAUGUAUAAUUUUGAAUUUACAUAUUGGAUUAUGAUUUUUUUGAGUUAAUAGCAUUUUUUAUUAUGGACGCCAAGUAUUAUCAGUGUAUUCUAAACGUUUGUAUGGUGUGAUGUUAUAUGUUUAAAAGAGCUGAGUCUGGUAAUUUAUAUAUGUGUUUGUGAAAGAAACAAACACGUUCGGUUGAUGGUUAGUUGCUCACAUUUUGACUCAUGUGCUCAAAUAAUAAUUGUUUAUAUAUGGGCCGGGCUAUGUGAAAAGGGGGAUAAUGUAUUUGCGUAAAGUGUCAUCCCAGAUUAGCAAUCACAGGCGACACUUUCCGUUUAAACUUGAUGGCUACUAUUAAGAGACAUUGCUAAAACAAAUAAUAUCAUAAAAGCGAAAAAUGUAUUCCUUGAUUAGCCUGUGCGGACUGCAUAGGCUAAUUUGUGACGACACUUUACGCACACGCAUUUAACCCCUUUUUCUACAGAGCACUGUCCAAUUAUUUAAUACCAUGUUGACAUUUAAUUGUGUAUGAGUCAUUUUCUAAUUUAUUUCAGUCACGUUUGUACAGGUAAUUCAUCGAUGCUCUUAUACAACUACACUAUAUCGUGUUUGAAUCAAACGCCAUUUAUUUCGAGAUACACUUAAAAUUGUUUACAACGGUCUUGAGUUAUAACAUAAUGAUUGAUAAUACAUCGCGCAUGUGAAAACCUUUCCCAAAUGGCAAACUUUCACAUGGGUUGUUUAUCGUUUUAGAAAAUGUCAGGAACUAUAAUUAGGAGUAACACUAAUAUUACACUGAGAUUAAUGGAAGAACGAUCGAUAAUCUUAUUAUAAAAUAUUCGUACAAUUCAUUUGAAGCGAGGUAUGAACAAAUACUUACGAAUAUUCUAGCAGUAUAAACAACUCAAAUGUGGCUCAGAGUUAAACAAGUUACAACACCUUAAAAGUAAUCACUCUUGCGGCGUCGUAUGGUAAGGCAGCAAAAUGAGUUUUAUUUAAUAUUUCAUAGAUAAUGCAUAUGCCUUACAAAAGAAACACACUGAUGCAUAAAGAUAUCUGGGUUACUCCAUCGGACUUAUCCUUUAUGCUUCAAAAGCAUAAGGACAAAAACAAUUGUUUAUUUCAACUAACAUCUUCAAAAUGGAUAAAGAUAGGUGGACAAACCCUUUUGUUUGUAUUGCCUUUCUACUUGACACAAAUUAUUUUCCCACGUAUGGCGUUAUUCAAUGACAACUAUCUGCCCAAUUUAUUUCUUCUUAAAUAUCUUCAUUUAAGCAAAUUUUACAAAAAGGACCGAAAGUGAAAAUAGAUUGAACAAUCGAACUUAAAAACAGAACUUACAAGAGAUCAGAGUCGGUUCCAAAUCAUUUCGGUAGGACGCGUAGGUUGAUGCAAGUGCAAAGGCCUUAUACUGAUAUUGCUUUCUUUUUAUGAAAUUUACAUAUUUUUUGUUUAAGUAUGAAGUGUUUUGUUUGAUAGAACUUAAAAACAAUUAUUUGGUGGUGCCCUUAUAUUAUAUGUUUUUUCAAUAUUAAAUUAUGUAAUUUGCUUAUUAAAAAAUAAUUAGA